AUGUCGUCUACCAGGAAAAUACCUCUCCUUGAUCUGAAACUCGCAGAGGAUCCCUCAACGCGAGGACUACUUCUUAAUCAGUUGCAUGAUGCAUUAUUUAACAUCGGUUUUCUGUAUAUUUCCAACCAUGGAGUCUCGGAAGAAAUCAUAAGUGCUCUGUCAGAGAAACUUCCGGCGCUCUUUCAUUUGCCGCUAGAACGAAAGAGGGAGUUGUCUAAAACUAAAUCCCCCCAGUUCCUUGGCUUUAGUGACUUUGCCCAGGAGACCACUCAGGGUAAGCUUGAUUUGAGGGAGCAAUACGACAUUGCCACGGAACUGCCCGAGGUCUACCAGAAGGAUGCAGUCCCGAACGACCGGGGAAGAAACUUUUCGAACUUGUACUGGAGGCUUAGGGGCCCAAACGUGUGGCCGUUAGAGAACGAAGUACCUGGCUUUAAGAAAGCGGCUAAUGAGUUCGUGCAUCUCGUGGAAGAGGCAUUUGGUAUCCCAAGAGGGACAUUCGAUAGCUUCUUCAACGAGGAUGCCGCUUCCACCCCGGAGAGCGACUUUCUUCCUCCUCAGCAUCGUCUUAGACUCAACUUCUACCCGGCCAUGCCGCCAGAGCAAGAGGGCCAAGGUGUAGGCCCACACAAGGAUAUGGCUGGAUGGCUCACCUUUCUACACCAGGUCGGCUCCGAAUGCGCCUUGGAUGUGCAAUGCAGAGACGGCAGCUGGAUUUCUGUCGAUCCAAUUCCCAACACUCUCGUUGUCAACCUAGCUACGCCUUUGAAGCGGCCACCGAGGGUGCAGCCAGAGCGACAGUUCAUCGAGUACGGGCACCUUCACAGAGAGAUCGAUACUCGAUUCCAUUUUUCAUGGGCUUGCCACACGAACUUAAGCUCUCACAGGUGA